GAAGAGAGAGGGAGGAGAGACGAAAGGAGGAAGAAGAAGAACAAAAUAAGGCCCCCUUUGCUGUGCCUUCUCUCUUCUCAAUCCCUCUCUCGAAAGCCUCGAUUUUUCUCUCUCUACAUUCUCUCUCUGGGAGUUUUCGGUUUUCCUGCCGCCUCUGUUUGGCAAUUCGACGCCGUUUUGUUUGCGGCCGGCCACUGGCGGAGCUUCGCCGCGAAUCUUGAGCUGCGGGGAGAGCAAUUUCGGAGUGUUUGAAUUCUUCCGGAGGAACCCGAUUGUGUUUCGGAUCUGAAAGUUUGUAAAGUUGAAGAAUUUGGGAGAUUAUCCGAGAGUAAUCAGUGGAUUGAGGUUUUUUUUUUUUUCACCGGAAGAAGAAAAAUUCGAAAAUUUCAGGUGAAAUUUUGGAAAUUUGAAUUUUUGGAUUUCAUGGGGGAAGGCGACGGGGCCGAUUCGGCUCCGAAGAAGGCUCAAUCGGAUGCUGCAGCGGGCGCUGCCACGACGUCAUCCUCGUCAUCGAUGAACGAUGUUCCGGCGAGGAAGCUGGCGAGGCAGCUCGAUUUCACGGUGUUUGGUAGCGCUCCGGCGAGUGUGGCGGUGUCUGAGCUUCCUAAGCCACCACUGCCGACCGUUGCGGUGCCACCGAGUCUGCCAAAGCCCCCCGUGGUGUCCGUGCCAGUGCCGGUGUCGUUGCCGCAGCAACCGCAUACACUGAAGCCUGGGAAACCAGAAUCCCCAAAAUCGAGACCAAGACCCAAUGUUGAUGCAAAAGAUGGUACUCCUAAGAAGCAAAAACAGUGUAACUGUAAACAUUCUCGCUGCUUAAAGCUGUAUUGCGAGUGUUUUGCAUCUGGAAUUUACUGUGACGGAUGCAACUGCGUAAACUGUUGCAAUAAUGUUGAAAAUGAAAGUGCUAGGAAUGAUGCAAUUGAAGCUACUUUAGAGCGUAAUCCAAAUGCAUUCAGGCCAAAAAUUGCGAGUAGCCCUCAUGGAGCAAGGGAUACUCGGGAGGAAGCCGGCGAGGUUUUGAUUUUGGGGAAGCACAACAAAGGAUGCCAUUGCAAGAAAUCAGGGUGCCUGAAGAAAUACUGUGAAUGCUUCCAAGCCAACAUUCUCUGCUCGGAGAACUGCAAGUGCAUGGACUGCAAGAACUUUGAAGGAAGUGAAGAGAGACAAGCUCUAUUCCAUGGAGACCAUGGCAACAACAUGGCAUAUCUUCAACAGGCAGCAAAUGCUGCCAUUACUGGAGCUAUAGGAUCCUCUGGCUAUGCAUCAUCGCCUCCAGUAUCCAAGAAAAGAAAAGGUCAGGAACUCUUUGGACCGACAGCAAAGGAUCCAUCAUUACACCGGAUUGGACAGUUUCAACAGGGAAACAAUAUCAGAGCCCCUGCACCCUCUCCGCUGUCUUCGGUCCCUGUUAAUCACCUUGGUGGUACUACAGGAUUAGGGCCUUCUAAGUUUACAUACAGGUCUCUCCUAGCAGACAUCAUCCAACCACAGGACUUGAAGGAGCUUUGUUCAGUUUUGGUUGUAGUGGCUGAAGAAGCUGCAAACACACUUGCAGACCAAAGAAAUACAGCAGGGAAGCCGACAGAAACUUCCCUUGCUUCAACGACACAAGACAGGUUGCAAAACGAAAAGGAAUCUGAUGCUCAGAAUGCUGUGGCUGAUGAUCGUUCUAGUUUGAAUGAGGCUGAUAAAAUCAGCCCUGAAGAUUCCAAUUCAGAUGGUGCCGAUGUAACGAAAGGGAGGCCUAUGUCUCCCGGAACUUUGGCAUUGAUGUGUGAUGAGCAAGAUACAAUGUUCAUGUCAGCUGCUUCUAAUGGGUUAAUGGGCGAUGGUAACACAUCUUCACGGUUACCUAGUGCACAAGGAAUGACAGAAGUCUACGCAGAACAGGAAAGGAUUGUCUUGACGAAAUUCCGAGAUUGUCUUAACAGGCUCAUCACUUUUGGUGAAAUAAAAGAAACGAAGUGCUCAUCUUUAGCCAGAAGUGAAGCGGAAACUCAAAAAGACCAACACAGCAAUGGCAGUACAAACGCAAGAAUGGAUUCGCAGACUACGCAGAGACCAAUUACCAACGGUGUUACAAAACCUGUUGUUCCACUCGCAGCCAAGACAACGACAUCACAGACGGUUACUGCAGCAGUCUCAGCCCUUAGUAAAACUCCCUCCCAUCCGGAAAACGGAGAUGGGAGACCAAAAGCUUGAAAUAGAGUUGUAGAAAGAUUUUAGCAGACAAGAUUCGCCAAAGGUAUUGUUUCGCUAUGACUUAUCUCCGUUGCAGCGUCAAGCCGGUAAUUAGGAAGUUAUUAACCAUUCUUAGAAGUAUCUAAUUUCUCUUUCUAAGGUUAUUAAUAUAUUUAUAGAAUAGUUUUUUUUAGCUUUAACCAUAGUUUUUCGGUCGAAUUUGUGUAAAAUGCAGAGCCUUGUAGUUGUGCAAGAUAUCGUUUUUAGAUCGUUACAUACAAAUUAACAUCAUAGCUUGUAUUUGCUACAUGCUAGGAUGAUUUUUUUUCCCUUCCCUUUUUGAUCUUUUGACAUGUGGAAAUAAUAUUCAACUUAGUUUUGCCUUUA